GCUUUAACAAAUUUCCACUAAAAUAAUAAUCCCCAGCUGCUCAAGGUCUAGGGUUUUCUGUAACCGAAGAAAUGGGAAAAGGUACAGGAAGCUUUGGGAAGAGAAGGAACAAGACGCACACACUGUGCGUUAGAUGCGGACGCAGGAGCUUCCACAUCCAGAAGAGCCGAUGCGGUGCCUGUGCUUACCCCGCCAGCCGCCUUCGAAAAUAUAACUGGAGUGUGAAGGCAAUUCGCAGGAAGACUACUGGAACUGGCAGAAUGAGGUACCUCCGACAUGUUCCACGCAGGUUCAAGAGCAACUUCAGAGAAGGUACUGAAGCUGCUCCAAGGAAGAAGAACGUAGCUGCAUCAUCUUAAGUUUAGAAGAGCCGUGCUAGUCUGUUUUGUUAUGUUAUUUCUGAGUUUGCAAACAAGAAAUUUUGGAUCACUGUCUAAUGAGUGUUACUCUAUAUCUGUCACAGUUUGUUUUAAAAGUUGGAGAUUUUUAAGUAACUUUAACUACAUUAUUUUCAUUAUGGAUGGUAAUUAUUUUUUAUUGUUC